AUGAUCGGCGAGCUACUUUUCCCUCUGUCAAUUCUCGCCGUUAGAAUGAACCAAAGGGCCCUCGUUAUCGUGCUCGAGGCGGAAAUAUACAUAUACGACAUAAGUACCAUGCGGUUGCUGCACGUAAUUGAGACGACCGCGAAUCCGGAAGCCGCAGCAUCUUCACCGGCCCCUCAGUCCAACGGCGACGUGGCCAUAUUCUCAACAACGCCCAUCACCACAGCAAAUAUUAUACCAUUGGCCCACAAGUCUCCUCUCGAUCGGUCGAGGGAGGCGAGGAUAUACAGCAUUGUAUUCAAUCCAGUGGGCUUGCUCAUGGUUUUCGUCUCAGCACAUGAGAUGGUUCAUCUGUUCAAAUUGGGAGAGAGGACAACGGCCGCUUCGACGGCAACAUCCGUCAUCGCAACGGGGUCCAUCGAACGUCGGGACCGGCCAAUGGACGGGGGCGACGAGGCCUACCUCGACGAGAGAAAGAAGGGCCGUGGCAACGGCGUCCCUCUGCUUACUCACUCCGUGGGCGUUUACCUGCCAAAUACCUUGACUGAGACGUGGGAGCCGUCGCGAGAUUUUGCGUGGCUACGGGUCCCUAGUGGCCCACCCGGAGUGAUGUCUAUCAGUGGAUUGAGCGGCGCCAUGCCUAAGGUAAUGAUCUUCUCCUCGGAAGGCUACUUCUACUCUUACAACAUCGAUCUGAGGCGAAUGCACGCUGAUGAAGGGAUGUAG